AUUUCUGACCGUUUCGCAUCGCCUGAUUCUUCUUCUGCUACUUCUGACGCCAAGCCAUGGCUGCCGCCAACAGCAGCGUCACUGUGUCUGCUCCCCUGCACGUCUCCUCCUCCACCGGACAAUCGCCUCUCGCAUCUCUCGCGGCUCCCUUGCCCGCCGCUCACCCCGCGGGCCUCUCCUCCUUGUCGUCCCUCGCCGCGUCCCGCGGCUCCUCGCGUCUGCCCGUCCCUGCCCGCUCCGCGCCGCACCAACCCCGUUCGUCUCGCUGCCGCACGGCCGUACGCGUUAUGGCGAGCCAAAGCGAGAGGCGAGCGCUCAUUUCUGUCUCCGAUAAGACGGGACUCGAUACACUCGCCAAGGGCCUGCUGGAUCUCGGGUUCACGCUGGUGUCGACGGGCGGCACGGCGAGGGCCAUCGAGGAGGCGGGGCUGCCCGUCACGAAAGUGGAACAGAUCACCAACUUCCCCGAAAUGCUGGACGGCCGUGUGAAGACGCUGCAUCCAGCCGUGCACGGGGGCAUUCUGGCUCGGCGUGCCGUGCCCUCGCACAUGGACGCGCUCGCCACGCACGGCAUCGGCCCCAUCGACGUGGUGGCGGUGAACCUGUACCCUUUCGUGGCCACCGUGACAGCAGCUGGCGGCACGUCGUUCGAGAAUGGCGUGGAGAACAUCGACAUCGGCGGGCCGUCCAUGAUCCGCGCUGCCGCUAAGAACCACGAGAAUGUGUGGGUGGUGGUGGACCCCGCCGACUACUCACCGCUGCUCGCCGCGCUGAGAGGGGAGAAGGAGGGCGCAGAGGGCGAGGCGGACAUGCGGCGGCGGCUGGCGUGGAAGGCGUUUCAACACACGGCGUCGUACGACGCUGCUGUGGCGGAGUGGCUGUGGCCGCACGCCCACACCGAGACCGAUGCAUUCACCCCCCCGCCCGCCCUGUCGGUGCCCCUGGCCCUGGCGUCUGUGCUGCGGUACGGCGAGAACCCGCACCAGCGGGCUGCCUUCUACACGGAUGAGUCGCUGGGGGAGCGCGGCAAGGGCGGCAUCGGCACCGCCGUGCAGCACCAUGGGAAGGAGAUGUCCUACAACAACUAUCUGGAUGCAGACGCGGCGUGGCAGUGUGUGUGGGAGAUGCCCACCCCGGCCUGCGUCAUCGUCAAGCACACCAACCCCUGCGGCGCCGCCACCGUCAUGCUCCCCGCCUCCGCCCCUGCGGACGAGCAAGAGGCAUCUCUGCUUGAAGCCUACCGUGCAGCCGUGCGAGCCGACCCCGUGAGUGCGUUUGGCGGCAUCGUGGCGUUCAACACGCCCGUCACCGCAGCGCUGGCACGCGAGCUGAGGGAGUUCCGGUCGCCGACGGACGGCGAGACGCGCAUGUUCUACGAGAUCGUGGUGGCGCCGGAGUACACGGAGGAGGGGCUCGCCGUGCUCAAGGGCAAGAGCAAGGCGCUCCGGAUCUUAGAGGCGAAGCCGAGCAGCAAGGGCAGGCGGUCGCUGCGCCAGGUGGGCGGCGGGUGGCUGCUGCAGGACUCGGAUGACAUCGAUGCCAGUGAGCUCACGCUCACCGUGGUCACCAAGAAGCAGCCGACAGACCAAGACCUUGAGAACGCGCGGUUCGCGUGGCGUGUGGUGAAGCACGUGAAGAGCAACGCCAUCACCAUCGCCAAGGACGGGCGGCUGCUGGGCAUGGGCAGCGGGCAGCCGAACCGGGUGAAGAGUGGGCAGAUAGCGCUGGAGAAGGCGGGAGAGGAGGCCAAGGGCGCUGCUGUCGCCAGCGAUGCCUUCUUUCCCUUCGCGUGGGGCGAUGCGGUGGAGGCGGCAUGCCAGGCGGGCGUGGCGGUGAUCAUCCAGCCGGGCGGCAGCGUGCGCGACCAGGACGCCAUCGACUGCUGCAACAAGUACGGAGUGGCCAUGGUGUUCACCAACGUGCGCCACUUCCGCCACUAGCGCCUCUGCUCCACGCCCCAUGGUGUUGCGGGCGAUGCGGCGCUCUGUGCUGCUAGACUUGCAGGAAAACAGCAACUUGAGGAACUCGCCAGUUGCUGCUGGGUGCUUUCGUCCCGAUAGUAAAUGGAUGAAGAGGGGCUGUUGUGCUAGUCACUUGCGCAUUGGGCGUAAGGUUCUCCACUGCUUUGUUGUGCUCCCCCAGGGGAGAAAUAGUGCCAGUAGCUGUCAAACAGCUGUUAUUUUGGAUCCAGCAGAGGCAGCACAGGCAGGUGGAAGUACAGACUGGCAGCAUUACUAACAAUUGAUGUUGCCAUUGACAGGUGUUCUGUUCUGCCACU